CAUGGCGCCCGUGAGCUGGUGUGUUCCCGGUGACAAACUGUGCAGUGAGAACGAGUGUGCCGCUGGUGCAGGAGUUUACUGCCGUCUUGGACACAUCUACUCCUCAAGAGCAGGAUACGUGCUGAAGAAAGACCAGGGCGAGGAGCUGCCGGUGAUCUCGGUGGUGAGGAACACAGAAACACAGCUCCUCCCAGAUGUUGGCGCCGUGGUCACCUGUAAGGUGACCAGCAUCAACUCCAGGUUUGCGAAGGUCCGCAUCCUGUACGUGGGCUCUACACCACUGAAGGAGCACUUCAGAGGGAUGAUCAGAAAAGAAGACGUGCAGGCGACAGAGAAAGACAAGGUGGACACCUACAAAAGCUUCAGACCUGGUGACAUCGUCAUCGCAAAAGUGAUUUCUCUGGGUGACGUGCAGUCGACCUACCUGCUGUCCACAGCGGAAAACGAGCUGGGUGUGGUGGUGGCUCACAGCCAAGCAGGUGCUCAGAUGGUCCCCAUCAGUUGGUGUGAGAUGCAGUGCCCUCAAACGCACACCAAAGAAUUCCGCAAAGUGGCUCGAGUGCAGCCGGAGUACUUGGAGGCGUGAAGACCCAAAAGCUCGGCCAGUAUGAGACGCGUUGGUGUGGAAGGGUUUGUCCGCCUCCUGCUUUUAUGACUGGGGUUUGUUUGUUGUUUUUUGUUUUGUUUUUUUUUUUGUUUUUUGUUUUUUUGGUUUUUUUGAGAAGAAGCAUCUUCGCACAUGAUGUCAUCAUUCCAAUUUCAUGUCAUCAUUCCAGUUUCAACAAUGAAACACCAAAGCAUCACCAGGAUCUUUUUUUUUUUUUUUUUUUUUUUUUGGACUGCAGCUAAUCAAAGCGCUGCAUUAAGGAACCGGUCUGAAGAUGUCUCAGACAUGAGCUGUUCAGGAUCUGUCGGUUUUAUGAGCUUCACUUCAGAUUUUUAAACUUUGAUGUUCUUGUGCACAAAACAUUCAGCAUGUGUGAUUUUGUUUUCCAGUACAUUGUCAAUAAAGUUUACAUGGCAGU